GUGCCACUCAUCAGCGUUCAUUGUUGGGUCUUUACACAUGGCAAUAAUCCUAUUUCUAGCCCAAGCUGGUAACGCAAUUCACACGUUCUGUUUUGCCGCAGAAAUCAGGGCUGUUUCACGGAUUGUCUCCCCCCCCCACACACACACACAUCAGUACAUGCGGUGCCAGAGAUAAACGCUUCACCCCCAACUCUGCCAGUGCUCCUGAAGCCAGUCUGUGCAGAGACAGACAUUAUCCAUGCGCGCGCCUCACCGACAGUAGAAGCGAGCCCAUCGUGAACGAGAAGUUCCAGUAUCAUCAUAAUCCAUUGUCUGCCCACUGCUAGAUGUAGGCCUCGCUAGGCCGUCGCAAUCCCUCGUGGUCCAGUGACGCCACAAUUCAUCGCGCUCGUGCAUUAAACUGAUCUGGCCACGAGUAGCGGUCAUCAUCAUCCUCUCUGCCACGUGCUCUCAUUCCCCUUAGCUGGCAUUCCACUGCAAAUCUUGUCAAUCGCCCAUCAUCACUUGUAGCGAUGUUUUCUUCUCAGCACGUUCACUUUUUGAUGAGUGGCAAAAUAUAUUUUAAAAACCUUAAAUACAUUUAAAGCGUACGUGAAACAGAGUGCAGGCGAAGCCUUCGUACCCCAACAAUGCGCUGUUCCGCGUGUGUGUUUAGCACUCUCCAAAGUAGUCAUGCGCAUAUUGAUCAAUGUAGAUAUAUGGUCAUUCAAAAGGGUAAUUUUCCCUCUGAAAUAAAAAAAAACAUGUGGUUUCGAAGAAAGCGAUAAGUUGUAACCCUGCUCUGUUUCUUCUAGAGGAGCGCGACCACAGCAGUCGUGUGCUCCCUUAAUCCAUGUCACAAUGUCCCAUUUCCCGGAGAGGUUGAUUUGAGGACGGCAGUGUAAUUACGAUGGGACGUGUGAUGGUCGCAUCAGAAUCGCUUUGAAACGAAACGCUGCAAAAUUACUUUUUGAGGCACCCAAACAAAAAUGAACGGAAAUUGCAAUGUGAUAAGCAAAUUCGGCAGGGGAAGAAUGCAUGGAGAACAUUUCACUGCUUUGCCGUGAAAGGUUGAAGUCAUUUUUACGUGCCAGUAUGUUCUUCAUUAUUUGCGUGGAUGUUUGAAAAUUUACAUUCUGUGAAUGCACGCGAUAUUAUCUAUUUGAGCAUUUUCAUCAAUUGCCACCAUCUCCCUGUGAAUUUCAAUACGCGCAUUUAUAUGACCACUGAUCGGCAUCGGCUCCUUCAACAACGUCUUCGUGCGAGUCGCAACAGUUGGUGGCAACAGUUGGUCGCUCAUUGAGAUUCACAACCCACCGUGACACUUUUCCAUCGCUUAAACACAGCCGUGCACCGUUGUUGUUAUUAUUAUUAUUGUUGUAUGAGCAUUCAUAAAAAAAAUAUUAUUAUUGUAUGAGCAUUCAUAAAAUAAUAAUGCACAGACCUUUGUCGAUCUACUAUUGGACGUGCUGAUACGACGUGGCCUCCCCAUGUCGUAUCUGUCAUGGGGGUUGUUUAACCAUACUUCACCACGUUCGUCAGUGUGGAUUGAUGAAGUGGGGGGAGGGGGGGGGGCUGCCCAGGGCCCAUUCAGAUAUAACUCGACACUGAUGCUCAGGAAUCGAGCGAGGUACCGAGUUCAUAGCUAACCACUGCGCCACUGAUGUGCAUGCCAAUCAGCCGGAUUAUAAUAUAUAAAAGAGCUAAUAACACGGAAGCUCUAAUGUGAUAGGCGUUUUUUUCAGUAAUAAAAACCGCUUUUAUAGCACAUUGCGUUAUACAUCAUUGUAAGCAUCGGUAAUUAUUCACUUAAAGCUUUCGCGACUGCAGGAAUUAAUAUUCUUUGGGUCUUUCGGUAAAGUCACGUAGAUAGGUAAUUUUUUUUGUUAUUUUAUUUGAACCUAUCUACGUGACUUUACCGAAAUCAUCGAUAAUCUCCAUCUUUUGUCAUCCGCCAAUGAUCUGCUCUUCAGUCGCGACUACAAACCAGUGAUGCACAAAUGUCAACGGGAAUCACUAGGCCGCUUCACAGUGAACACGAACCCUCUACAAUUCCUAUUCUGUAAGAGUAAAAUAUAUAGUUGUUAACGUUACGAACCAAUCACGUGUCGUUGAUAUAUGGAUAUAUUAAACUGUAGUGGCUCUUGCCACUGAAACGUGGAAUUACCACCACUCACUCAUGUCAGGGCCACAACAAUAAACGUGCCCGAUGAUGCUUGUAUGCUUGCAAGGACAACGACUUUUGGCACGAAGAUAGACGUGCAUUUACGUUGCAACCCUUUGUACAGGAAAGCCUCACCGAGUAUCAAGACAUUUUCAGGAGGGUCCUGCGUUGAUGGCCAUGUAUGGCCAUAUCCGUGCGUGACUUAUUGGACCUAUACAGGGGGAAAUAUUUAUGCAGGCCCAAGUUUCAUACAUUUUUAUUCGAUCUGAUAUAAUGGCAAAAAUGAAUGCGUUACAUUCAUUCGGUUGAAUAAUUACGACAUGAAGGCGAAGUUUAAGAUUACGACUAACAAUCAAUCGGUUACCAAGCUCUUUUUGUGUAUUUCGCACUCAAACAACGUAGCCGUCCUUCUCACACUCAGAGCGAAAAUAAAUAGCUACAUUUCCGUGGUGCUAUGAUUUAAACACGGGGAUUUGUGUAAUCCGGUCGCCAGUUCGAUCUUUUGGCGCUGCAGUUGAAAUGUUAUGCAUGUUUCUUACAUCGUUCGCCUCUGUCUACCCAGCCUGUAACCUUCCAAUGCUAGACAAUGCCUCCUCCUUCCUAACACAUUUGUCAAUAAUACUGCCUUAAAAAGAAAACUAUAUAUUCGGCGAUAUUUCUGCCAAUGGCCCUUCUUCAUAGCACAUUAUUGACGCACCAUUUGUGCGCAAUAUUGAGCAAAGGUUCAUAAUUACUCUUGGAGCGUGUGAUCCAUACGGGAAAAGUCAUCCUGUGAAAAAUUGAACGUUAUGUAAACGCAUGCCCCCAGUUACUGGCUCAUGAACACGGACAAAUUCGACCGCACAGUCGGUGCAACUGGAGGGCACACGACGCAUCAUUCAGCGUGUCAAUGAAGGUAUCAUCCAUCACUAAAGGUUAUUUAUAUAAUGAGACAGACGUUUGAACUGCGUGGUUGAAAUGCUUUUCUUUUUUAACCGCGUAAAGAUUGAGUGAUCUUUAAACAACACAUAAGAGGAGCAUUUGAACUAAUCACGCUACAAAUAUUGGCGAGCAUGUGGGACUCUCUCGGAUCUCGACGCGAUGUGGGUCGUCAAGUCACGGCAGACAAGUGGAGGUUUAGAGCGCUUUCCAGAAAACACAGAACGUUGGGCCAACGUUGGGCCAAACGUUCCAACUACAUGCAAAUGUUGGUACAACGUUGGUUACUGGCAUAAUACUCAUGGUACAUUUUUUUUUACUGUGUGUGUGCCUGUGCGUUGUUUGAAUGACAUAGGUCAAUUUGUUGUCCAAUUAUAAUUCUAUAUUAAUGGAUGAAACAUUUAUGGACACUCUGUACAAUACAAUACUUCUUGCACUUAGGGUAUUUAGCGUAUACAUGCAACUGCAUCUCAAGACACACUCAGCACGUAUCUGUGAGGCUCGUGCUAGGAUGUGGGUUUGAGCUGCUGCUGCUGCUAGAGUUGUUACAGCGAUGGAGAAACCUAUAGCACGAAGAUCCGACACGCCCUGCGACGUCAUUUUAUACGGGCGGUGUCCACACAAAGUUCAAGUUGAUUUUGUUUAACCAGAUAAGAGCUCGAGAGACCAGCAUCGUCUCAUUUUACAUGAGGUCUACCACUUCGAAACGGCCCGUUAACGAUAUGUAUCCAUCACUGCCAGCAUAUUCAUCGCACUAUGAGAGGGACACAACAGACAUUCUAAAUUGGCAACUCUCUAAGUUCGAAAAAAAUCUAACGCUCUAAUUAUAUAUUCGCGUUGUUGUGUGAUGAAGCUAAGGUGUGUGUGCGUUAAUGUGUGACCCUCCGAAGACUCGCGAAGGACGCUACUGGGCAGUUGGAGGCAGUCGCCUUUCAACCAAAACGGUGGUCAGAGGAGCGAUGCUCACAACAACGAGCGGAGCACCGGGCGGAUAAAAUAGAGCAAGUUGGCACUGUAGGGAGCACAGCUGGUGCAUCUGCAAGUCAUCUCAGUCAGUCAACCUAUGGCACCUGGGUCUGUCCCGUGACCUUCUGUCAGCGAGACUCCGACACUUCAAGUGGCCUCAAUGUGCACCUGGCCUGGCACCAGCAGCGUGGUGACGUCACCGCCACUUAGGGGUCGAAUGGAGUCUGUGGUGGGUUGUCCCUCUGAAGGAAUGUGAAAGUCAUCUUCGGCCAUCUGUAAGAAGAGAUUCCUCAACGCUGGGUAAUAGGGUCUCUAACGCAGCCAUCGUUGCCAUGGAUCGCUCCACGACACACCACCCAGGUGUUUUCAUUACAGCGCCAAUGAAGCCGGGAGGCCUGGGCAAGGGCGUAUCUCAUCUCCGACUGAGCCACCGCAUUUGCUGUGCCAUGAAGUGACUUUGUACGAACGCACGUGCGCUCCUUAUUUCAAUUUAAUAGCGAAACGAUGCUAAACGUCUCUGCGGUAUAUACGAUAUUUGCUCGUGGGAAUGUGCUCCGUGAAAUGCGAUCUUAUCAUCUUAGAGGAGGGAUAGCAACCCAAACUCGAUCUGUGUGCCAGAACCAUACAUCGUUUAGAAAAAAAAGGCUGCUCCAGCCUCACCCCUUGCGAAUGACCGCGUUAGAUUUUUUUCGCGUUUACAAACCUUCACCCUGAGAUUGAUGAUUUAUGAGGCGCUCAAGUUCCAAUGUGAUAUUUGUGUUGAAACCCUUAACCACAAAAGUGUCUUGGGAUUCUUAGAUGUGUAUAUCCUCUAAUUCACCACACCGGUCAGUGCGGGUUGGUGACGGAGCCGUGGGUAUUUUGCCGAACCAGAUAGCACUAGUCAAGGGUAUUAUUGGCCGUGCCUGGAAAUCGAAAUCUGCUCACCGAGUUCAAAGUGCAGUAACUACUCAUCCACCGCUACACCCAAACCAUUAUUUAUAUUGCGAGUUUAAUCGCAUUAUUGUCUCCGUUUAAAUACAAACGCAAAGUGCGUAUACAUUGCGCAACCCAGAUGUUGGGUAAACACGGAAGGCCCGCACCGUGGUGGAUGUAUGUUAAAACUUCUUUCGUACCGUACGUAGCCAGCCGUGCUAAUCGGAGGUGUGGGGGAAGGACAGCAAACUAAACACAAACAUUAGUUAUAAAGAAAUUAGUUUUCAAUCUAGAUUUAAAAGGACAUAUCUCCAGCAGCUUCCUAAUAUCGGAAGGCAGAGCGUUCCAGACGGCCGCGGAAGUGGUUCACCGUGAUACACCCAGCCCUGCAGAAACGACGGCAGUGAUGAAGCGUCGCUGGCAAUGGACCCUGGUGCAAAUAAUGGAAUAGAGCCUCAUGUCCAAUCCCCACCCCACCACCACAUCUUUGUAGCCAGGCGCCUGCUGUGUCGCUCUGGUGCUGUUGCAUCGCAUGCACUCUCGAUAGCUUCGCCACCACUCCGACGGCCGGGACGCCUCGCAUCAAUCGACCACGCAGCUCAGCGUGCGCGUCUGAGUACGGAGCGUGAAACCGCGUCAAUGGGGCCGCCAGAGACAGGGCGUGCAGGCCACUUAAUCCCCAGAACGAGUUGCUCCAUACCCCAAAUCAAUAUCCCGGACCCAGCGCUUGAGUUGCGCGGCGCGGUCGCAGCUGCGCUCAGGAAUGCAGCCCGCCCUGUCGGCUUGCGCUGUGUCAUCUUCUUCUUCUCCUCCUCCACCUCGGAGCUGAGCACGGCCCCGUGUUCAUCUUGAUCCCACCCACCUACCCACAUCUCUUGCACCCCCCCCCACCUCCCACCCAGCUCUCAAUUGCUCUUUUUGUCCGCUCCGGUCACUGCUCCCACCGCUGCCCGCCCUCGGGAGCAACUUCGCUCCUCGCUCGCUGAGAGCUCCUCGCUCGCUGAGAGCUCCUCGCUCGCUGAGAACUCCUCGCUCGCUGAGAGCUCCUCGCUCUCCCCCGCGCUCUUCCUUGCGACGAUGGGACACGGCGCGCUCCGCUGCAGGGCUCAGGUCGCGGUGGUGGCCGCGCUGACGCUGAUGUGGCUGGCGCCGCUAAUUAAAGCCCUCUGCUAUCCACCGUGCUACAAUGGAGGUACCUGCUUGAACAGUAACCGGUGUGCUUGUUCCAAGGGAUACGUGGGUGCGCGAUGCACCAUCGCGCUGUGCCGAGAUGGCUGCGUCAACGGCGGGCGCUGCGCGGCUCCUGGCGUGUGCACCUGCAGGGACGGCUACUCGGGGCUUCGCUGCCACAAGCCCAAGUGCGACGUCCCGUGUAGUCACGGCGCUGUGUGUGUCGCACCCGACACGUGCGAGUGCAAGCACGGAUCUCACGGGAGGUACUGCGAGAAAUUUAAAUGCAGAUCCAAGUGCCUUAACGGUGGUGCAUGCGUGGGUCCAAAUCGCUGCAAGUGUCCACCGAAUUAUGGCGGUGCUCUAUGCCACAAAGCACUCUGUCCGAGUCCCUGCAAGAAUGGGGGCAGGUGCUCUGAUGGGAGGUGCAUUUGCCCUGCUGGGUUUCAGGGUCAAACCUGUGAGAAGAGGCAGUGUGUGAUGAGCACUAUAUCGCAGUCGUUCCGUCGCGGAUACAGUCAGCUGAGCAAGCACCGCGUGGCUGUCAGCUGUGGUCCCUGGAGACCCCGCCACGCCUGCUACCAGCUCAAGAAAUCCUAUAAGAUGAUCUACAGAACCUUCUACCGCACGGUUUACGUGUGUGGGAAGGACCAUUUCUCAGCGGACACAAACAUCUGAUGCCCUCCCGCUCAAUUGCUUCAACACAAUGCCUGAACAGCUACCGCUGUAGCCUUUAAUAGCCUACAAUAAUGCAUGCUUUUUUGUAUCAUUGUAUUUAGCAAAUGCCUUAACAUUUUCAAAAGUGCAGUAUCAUACAGUUUUUUUACCGUUUUUUUAUCAUUACGGUGCAUUUUCAAACAUUUCAAAUGUGCAUGCAUUUGAAUCACAAGUGCAAAAAGCAUAUCUCAAAAUAUUCCGUGUAAUUACGGUUAGUGAUUCACACACGGUAGCAAAUGUGUGUACUGGUGCUAUAUCUACGGUUGUGAAAUUUCAAAUAGUGUUACUCAAACGUGUAAAUAAUGACGAUACCAAAUGAUAAUUGGAACAAUUAUUUACACAACGAAGGGUGUUGGAUGUGAUCGUCUGUGCACUGUGUUAUACGAAAUAUAUCAAAAUAACCUAUAUUAGUGUUGCUUUUAAAAGGGAGUGUACGUUACAGGUUAUGUAGCUUUACUGUACAAUGUCACCUCUGUUUUCUUGUUUAGACACACAAAAUAACCAUUGUUAUCGUGACAAUGUCAUAGCAUGAUGGCUUGUAAUCGCCGAUGGCUUUUAAAUUGCUCAUGUUUUAUAGUAGACAUUCGGUUUGCAUUUCAUAUAGAUAACUGACAUGAUAUUCUACGAUUAUUUGUACUUAUUGUAGUAACAUGUUUUUUACAUGUUUUUUUUACAUGUUAUUCCCCAAAGCAAGUGUGACUACUGACAUUACACCGUGGCAUAUUCCCGAUUGUAUGACAUGGUUUCUUCAUUAACUACAUUUUAUUAAACUGCUACACUGCACCGAUUAAUAUUGAGGUUAAUCUACAACCACUUAAUAUGAAUACAUCGAUCAUAAAGAUUAUAAAUGAUCUGUUUGGUUUGUACUGAAUUAUCUUAAUAUGACCGCUUGAUCAGCGUUUCUUUUAUUAGUUUACACCCUCCAGUGGAAAGCGCGUGAUAAAAAAAGUAAUCUUCUGUUACACUCGAAAGAAACAUUUUUGUAUUUUUGUCACCAAUUUUAAUACGGCAGCCACGUGCACAGAAGACAGCGCAGCCAAGGGAUCAUUGAGUCUGUGUGAAGCUGUGAGGUGUCACCCCCUCGUAUGCGUGGUUGGUUUUCUCCCACAUGCCAAACACGGGUGAGUGGCAUUGGCCAAACAUCCCGAUGCCUGCGUCUCCUGACAAAGAGUCCUGGAACCCUGAGGCUUUCCUGGAUAAAGGGCAAUAUUGUUACGUAUACAAUACUACAAUUAUAGACGAUUCAUGAUUUCAAAAACCCAUUGUUGAGUGUAAAGAAAUGCGUUUAAUCUGCCAAAGCAUAAAAAAGCCAAUCGGGAUCAACACAACUGAUUAAAAGGUUUAAAGCUUUCGUGACUGCAGGGAUUCAUAUUCUUGGUUCUUU